UAAAUACUCCUCUCGUUUUCCCCAUUCCACUCAUCACAAUUCAUAAACCCAGAUUUCUUUAACGGAUUCUGAGUCGCAAUGGGAGAGAAAAAGAAUGGAAGCAAGAAGGGCGGGGAUGGAGAAAAGAAGGAAAAGGGAUCCUCAACCAUUGUUCUCAAGUUUGAUUGCUUUUGUGAAGGCUGUGCAACCAAAAUCCUCAAGCACAUUCAUGAAUUUCAAGGGGUGGAGACGGUAAAAACUGAGAUGAGCUUAAACAGAGUGACGGUGAUAGGAACUAUGGAUCCGACUGCCAUGAAAGAGAAGCUCGUGAAGAAAACUAAGAAGAAAGUUGACCUCGUUUCUCCUCAACCCAAGAAAGACGACAACAAAGAAGAGAAAAAGCCAGACAAAGAGAAAAAGCAGGAUUCUGAUAAUAAAUCAGAGAAAAAACCCAAAGAGGCUCCAGUGACGAAGGCGGAUUUGAAGGUGCAACUGAAAUGCCAGUGUGAUGGAUGCAUUGAUAAGAUUCGUAAAAUUGUCUCUAAAACCCAAGGUGUGCAUGAGUUGAAAGUAGACAGUCACAAGGAGCUAGUCACAGUUAAGGGGACUAUGGAUGUUAAGGCCUUGGCUGGGGCUUUGAAGGACAAACUCAAGAAGAAUGUUGAGAUUGUAGCACCUAAGAAAGAGAAAGACGGCAACAAAGAGGACGGCGAGAGUGGUGGCGGCGGCGGAGAGAAGAAGAAGAACAAAGGUGGCAAUGGUGGUGAAGAUGGUGGAGGUUCUGGUGGUGCUAAGAUGGAAGGGAACCGAAUGGAGUUUAUGGCUCAACCCCAAUUUGGAUAUGCUCCUGUUUACAUGCAGGGUUAUCCUGGAUAUGGGCAUCCGGGUUAUGGUUACGGGUAUGGUCAUGGAAACCCGUAUCCGCACCCGCAUGGGCAUGGUUACCCCGGCUAUGUUCCGGGUCAUCCGGUGUAUGUUAAUCCACGUCACCAAAUGUUUAAUGAUGAGAACCCUAAUGCUUGUUCCAUUCUAUGAGGAGAAAUAGGGUUUAUGGUAUAGAUUUCUAGAUUAAGGUUAAUGGAAUGAAAGUGUAAAUAAGAAAUAAAGAAUUUGGAGUUGAACAUGGAACUUCAAAGCUUGUUUGG